AUGACACGACCGCCGCAGCCACGCAUCGAUCUGAACCACGGCUACAUGCGCUUCAUCCGACGCAAUCAGCUCGAUCGUGACGAAUUCGACAAAGUGCACGAGCGGCGGAAAUCCGAGAUUCGGGAGCGGCUCGCCGAGCAGCCGGCUCCGACGCCGACGAGCACAAAGUAUAUUCCGCCGCACUUGCGAAGGCCGACAACGGCGCCGCAGAAGCCCUCCAACAUCUACGUUCCGCCACAUUUGCGACAGAAGCGCGAGACGCCGCCCGGCAGUGUCGCAGGUUCGCUUUUUCUUCGAUAAUUUUUGCAAAAUUUCUGUAAUUUUCCAGCUAGCCGCUCGGUUUCCCGCUCGGAUUCCGACUCACAGGAGGACGAGAAGCAGCGGAUUGCCGACGAUCGCAUUCGGAGCCAAGUGCGGCGGCGGAUCGAACGAACGCACGCGACAGUCGACGAUAUCUGCGUAUCGCUGGCCAAUUACAGCCUCAAAGAGGCGCAAAGGUGCGCUGAAAUCGAGGAUCGGUCGGAAAAUGGCGGAUUUUGCAGGGCGACGCAGAAAAAUAAGGAAGAGGAGGACCUGUUCAUACUCGAAUUGACAUUGCAGACCGGCGAAAAGAAGCUGAUCAGUGUGCCGAGGGUAAGGAGAGAAAAAUUUGCAAAAUGUGGGCCAUUUCUUACCUAAUAACAAUACAUAUCGGCCCUGAAAAUGUUGAUAUUUUGCUGAAAAAAUGGCCUCCAACAGUGCAGACAAAGGCGAUAAAUCAUCGAUCCCACACACCACCCGAUUUAGGUCAUAUCUUUGCGCUUGUCACCCCUCCACCCCGUCAAAAGUGACAUUUUUCACAAAAGCCUUACACUUUUCUCGAUUGCAGAACACUCAGGCGGCGCGUUUGGCCAAAUCGCUGUCGCGCGAGCACAGUUUCGACGAUUCGCAGUGUCGAAAUUUGCGGAUUUUCAUCGAAGAGCAACUCGAAGUGCGAUUGGAGCGCGAGCAAAAGUCGACGGGCGGCUCGGUGAGCUCGUCGAGCUCCACGACGCCCGACUCGUCGAUUCCGACGUCGCCGUGCUCGACGGCCUACUUUUCGACGGCUUCUUCCACCUCCGACUCGUCUCCGUUUUAG